UACCGUUACGCACCAAGCCCGCUUCCCUCCUCAAACAAAUGUGUUUUUAUCCACACCAUUCCAUAAAUGUGCCGUAUUUCUGCUCACACCGACAAACGGGCUAAUUUAUAAUUGUCUGUUUACAUUGAAAAUCAUGGAUUUUAACUUUACUCUGUCAGAGCGCGACUUUAAAAGCCUGCGCGCGCUGGCUCAGGAACCCGGGAAUAACUCUCUGGCGCCCGUCGUUAACGGAACCGAGAUCGCUUCGGAGGAGGAUUUGGACGUGAAUACCGACAUCUAUUCCAAGGUAUUGGUUACCGUGAUAUACGUCGUUCUUUUCGCGGUCGGUUGCCUGGGAAACUCAAUCACCCUGUACACGCUACUGACUAAGAAGUCCCUUCAAAACCUCCAGAGCACCGUGCACUACCACCUGGCCAGCCUUGCGGUGUCUGACCUGCUCAUCCUCGUGCUCAGCAUGCCCAUUGAAUUGUACAACUUCAUCUGGUUUCACCACCCCUGGGUGUUCGGACAGGCGGUAUGUAAAGGAUACUACUUUCUCCGCGACGGCUGCUCCUAUGCCACCGCGCUCAACAUCGCGAGCCUGAGCGUGGAGCGGUACAUGGCCAUCUGCCACCCGUUCAAAGCUAAGAGCAUCAUGUCCCGCAGCCGCACGAGGAAGCUGAUCAGCGGCAUGUGGCUCGCGUCGUUCCUGCUUGCCACGCCAAUGCUGUUCACCAUGGGGCUCGUGCACAGGGGAGAGAGCAUCUGCACCGCGAUCGUGUCGUCCGUUACCAUGAAGACCGUGCUGCAGGUCAACGCCCUCCUGUCCUUCCUGGUUCCCAUGGCAGCCAUAUCAGCUCUGAACGGAAUCAUAGCCAAUCAGCUGCUGCGGAUGUUCAAAGAGGCGGAGCAAGACAACCGUUUGUGUAUCGUCGGGGGCAACCCCACAAUGCUGAGUGUUACUGUGGAGCCCAACCGCGCCCAGUCACUGCGUCACGGAGUGCUGGUCCUACGGGCGGUGGUGAUAGCGUUCGUGGUGUGCUGGCUGCCCUAUCACGCUCGGAGACUCAUGUUCUGCUACGUCACUGAGUGGACGGAUGAGCUGUAUGACUUGUACCACUACCUGUUCAUGGUGACCAACGUGCUGUUCUACGUGAGCUCAGCCAUCAACCCUGUCCUGUACAACUUGGUGUCGGCCAACUACCGGCAGACCUUCUUUUCCACGCUCCGACACUUCUGCCUGCCCUGCACCCGCCGUCACCGCGGCAACCGCCGCCGCAGCCAUGGCAACCGCCGCACCCUCACACGCCACUCCAUCAGCCUGUCCACCAACCACACCGUCGCCACUGGCAACGCCGUGAAGGAGACAGUCUACUGACCCG